UCUGCCAGUGACAUCGGGACAGAGAGAGUCUCAUUCCAGCUGCUACGGAUCAGAGCAUGUGUGUAUGUAAACCAGGGGAUUAUUGAGCUUGAGUGUGUGCGUGCGUGUGUGUGUGUGUGUGUGUGUGUGUGUGUAUGUGUGUGUCUGAGUGAGUGGAGGAUUAGUUGAACUGGUCUGAGACUGGAAUACUAAGUGUGUUAUGUGAAGCGUAGGAAUCCCAGCACACAGCAGCCACACGCUGUCAUGCCAACAGAAGAGUACCCUUUCUCCACUGAUGUCUUACUCCCACUGCCGGAGCUCCCCGUUGUUGAAGGGGCGGUCUUAGGGCCGCCCACUUGGUUUAUCAGAAACUCCGCCCUUACAUACUGCUCCUCGCAAAGCAUGGACUCCUCCCACUGCAGUGACCGACCAAUCAGCUAUGGCUCCACCUCUUCCUCCGCCUCCUCCCGGGACAGCCACUGCUCGCUGGGGGGCCGUGCGGUUUCCACCCCUGAGCGCGAUCAAGACUCCGGGGCCAUCCGGUUGGAGCUUGUCCCCGCCCGUCAGCUGGAGGAGGCGGAGACGGGAAGACGGACGCCUGCGCCGACGAAUCAGGAGGACGCGGACGGCGGUCAUCCAGGGGAGGGGCGGAAAGUCCCUUACGUGGACAGAGUGGUUCAAGAGAUCCUGGAAACGGAGAAAACCUACGUACAAGACCUGCAGAGCAUCGUUCAGGAUUAUUUGGACUGUAUCAGUAAUCAGGCCCAGCCUCUACUGAGUGUAGAAGACAGAAAUUCACUAUUUGGAAACAUCAAUGACAUCUUCUGUUUCAACAGGGAUCUGCUACAUGACUUGGAAAAGUGCAAUGCAGACCCAGUUGGCAUUGCUCAGUGUUUCGUAGCCAAGAGUGAAGAAUUUCAUAUUUAUACACAGUACUGCACUAAUUAUCCAAGGUCCGUGGCCGUUCUCAGUGAGUGUAUGAGGAAUAAGGUUGUGGUGAAGUUCUUGCGUGAGCGUCAGGAGAGUCUGAGCCACUCCCUCCCUCUGGGCUCCUAUCUGCUGAAACCUGUACAGAGGAUCCUUAAAUACCACCUACUGCUGCACGAGCUCGCCACUCACCUGGAGAAAGAAUCCGAGAGGCAUGCGGUGGUUCAGGAGGCCAUCGACACCAUGCAGAGGGUCGCCUGGCACAUCAACGACAUGAAGAGGAAACAUGAAAACACGGUCAGACUGCAGGAGAUCCAGAGUUUGCUGACUAAUUGGCAGGGGCCAGAUCUGAUUGGCUACGGGGAGCUGGUUCUAGAGGGAACGUUCCGGAUCCAGAGGGUGAAGAACGAGAGGACACUCUUCCUCUUCGACAAACUGCUCCUUAUCACCAAGAAACGCGAGGAAACCUACACAUAUAAGGCCCAUAUUCUGUGUUGUAAUCUGAUGCUGGUAGAGGUCAUUCCUAAGGAGCCCCUGAGCUUCAGUGUGUUUCACUAUAAGAACCCCAAACUACAGCACACAGUACAGGCCAAGUCACAACAGGACAAGCGAACAUGGAUACAACACCUGAAGAGGCUUAUUCUCGAGAACCAUCCUGCGAAAAUCCCGGCCAAGGCUAAAAAGGCCAUUCUGGAAAUGGAUCUGCACCAGCCAAGCUUUCAGUGUAGUCCUGAGGGCCAUAACAGGAUCAACAUGAAAGAAGGACCCUCCCCCAGGAGAACACGCAGGAAAGCAGAACCAUUAUCCAAAUUACUCAAAAACAAACAUGCAAUAUCCAGUCCAGACAUCCAGAAGCGAAGCAGUUUUGGCGCCACCCUGCUGUCUCCAGUGGUUCAUCUGGGCACUAUUGGCCGAUCCCGCAGCCUGGUCAGCCAAUCACAGGAGUCACUGGACCCUGGUGACCACAGUGACAUAGAGGAUGGACUACAUCCUCAGGAUGCUGAUGAUGAGGAUGACAGCGGAUUGAGCUCUGGAGGGAAGCUGCGUGUCCCUGGAAAGAGCAGCAGGAAAAGGCUAAACCCACAGGUGUCAGUGGACAGCAUCGAACACUGGAAGAAUCACAACCUUGAACAUGCUGAUUUACAGACGGCGAAAGAGUCUUUGCAGAAAGAGUCGGUGCACACGCCCAUCUUGCGGGUGACCUGUCCUCCUGACACACAGCCUCACAAGCACAUCUCCCACUUCCUGGGAACAGGCGGUGACCAUUCCGCCCCAAACAUUUGGGCAGACCACAGAGUGCGGCGUGCCAUGUUUCCCACCCGCCAAAAGACCGUUCAGGUUGAUGACGAUGAAGACAUUUAUCAGAUGUUUGUGCCCACCGAGAACGAUACGAGUGGGCAUGAUGCAGAAAGCGAUCACGACACCACUGGUGAUCACCCUGGACGACCCUGCAGCUGGCAUGUGGAACAGACCCAGACGAUGCAGUUGCACCUCCCGGCCAGUGGGGGCAGAGUGCUGCGUAGGGCAAGUAGCGUAGGAGAGAACCAAAGUGAGCGACGAAGCCCUACAAAACGGCCCGUCCAUGAAGAGGAUGAACACGUCAAUACAGAGUCAUCAAGUAACGAGAUAUCCGGCUCUUCCUCGGCUGAACAGCUAACGAUUGAUGACAUUGAGAAUGUUUACGAUAAUAUUAGCUACGAGGAACUGCAAGCUAUGGGAAUUAUUCGGAAAGAGCAGGAGGUUAACAGCGUUUCUUCAGGCGGGACAGAGAUCAAUCCAGUUGUACCUCCGCAAAUUCUCGUUUCUCCUGUUGAAACAGACACUUCAUCUGAAAGCAACAGGUCAUCAGGUCAAGAGGGGGCGCUGUUUGAACAUGGUGACCUGCACACACCGGAGGAGGAGGAAAAUAUCUAUGACACCAUUGUGUUCCGUGAAUUGCCCGCAAGUUCCACUGAGCCAGGGAGAGGAUAUGGUCAAACGGUUGGACAGGAUAAACUGCAGUCAUCCGAGAGGGACCUCAAUCAGAACACACAGACCUUUGUUUCUGAAGAGAGCCCAAAUCUGGAUAACAGGAACAUGGCUAAGCGUCCUCUUCCUGAGAUUCCCAUUGUUUCAAUUACUGAGAUGGACAGUGGACCCAUAAUUACAGAUAUGCCCUCUCAGCAGCCCGGAGCUGAUUGCACACCAGAGCAUGUGGAUGAGAUCUGGAAUGAUCUGGAAAACUACAUCAGGGAUAAUGAGAAGAAACCCGAUAGGCUUCCCGCUGCAUUCCCCGUCAAUGGCCCGGAAUCACCACAUGAAACACAAGAUUGCCAACGUAAAACGCAAAAUACUCCAGACAAAUCACACAGUUCGCCAACCAAAGUAUGCAAGUCUCAGCCCAAAACACAGGAGUCCCAGCAAAAACCACACAAUUCCUCACGCAAAGCACAUGACUCUACCAGCAAAAAGUCUGGAAGCAAAGCCACUGACUCUCCUCUAAAGCCAGAGGGUGUUCGGAAAGUCAGAACAUCAUCCAGUUCUACAACCUCCAGACCCCUUCCCACCUUUCAAAUACCAGUCCUCAGUGUUCCCAAACUUGUACGAGUACCUACAUUUGAAAUAGAUGAGCCUGAAGAACCUUCAUCUCCACCAACACCUUCUCUUCCUGCACCUUCUCAUCCUACCCCUACACCUCCCAUUCCUGCACCUUCUCAUCCUACCCCUGCACCUCCCAUUCCUGCACCUUCUCAUCCUACCCCUGCACCUCCUAUUCCUGCACCUUCUCAUCCUACCUCUGCACCUUCCAUUCCUGCACCUUCUCAUCCUACCCCUGCACCUUCUCAUCCUACCCCUGCACCUCCCAUUCAUACACCUUCUCAUCCUGCCCCUACACCUUCCGUUGCUACACCUCCCGUUCCUACACCUGCCCUUCCUGCACCUCCCGUUCCUACACCUGCCCUUCCUACACCUCCCAUUUCUAGACCUGCCCUUCCUACACCUUCACUUCCUACACCUGCCCUUCCUUCCCUUCCUGAAGUCUCCAGCCCUGAACCCCAGCCCGGCACAGUCAAAAGUAUCCGUAAUAAACUAGCCAGGCUUAGCAGUGGAAGUUUCCGGAUUGAUGAUGAAGAUCCUCCUCCCCAGAAGGACCCUGAGCUCCAGGCACUGUUUAGUGGCCUGGAACCUUCUCUCCUCCCCCUGGCAUCGUCCAGUCUCCUACUAACUGAGGACCAACUUCUUGACUUGGGGGAGAAGGGUAAGAACAGGGUUUUCUUGAUGGCCAGGCAGUACAGCCAGAAGAUCAAGAAAGCCAAUCAGCUACUGAAGAUGAAGAGCAUGGACCAUGAGCCCAGUUGUGCAAGACUUAGGAUGCCCAACAAAGCAAAAGACCUGGCUGCCAUUCUGGAAGAGAAGAAACAGGGCGGAGCAGCUAUAGGUGCCAGAAUAGCUGAGUAUUCUCAGUUAUACGGGCAGGUAACGUUUAAAGAACCUCCUCCUUCCACCCCAGUACUGAAAUCCUCACUGAGCUUUGCAGGCCCUCACCCACUGUCCUCACGCUCAAGCCCAUUCUUGGCCUCGUCCCCCUCCCUGCCUGAGAGUGCCCUGGAGGCUGACUGGAUGAACUGCAUCUACAGCAAUGGCGAGCUUUCUGACUUUGCGUCCUGGCCUGCUGAAGUUGGAGACCGGCCUUCGAUCCCGAAUCAAAAGCUCACUCCCACUACCUCUGUCCCAGCCCUAAGGGACCUCCCAGCUCCCCCAUGCACUCCACCCAGCCAGCGCUGGAGCGCCUGUGUGACUCCACCGAGUAAAGACGACUCUGAGCACAUCUACAGCACACUGGGACAGCGCAACGCUAAAUCUCCGCCCUACAGCUGCUGUCAGUCCUCCUCCUCACUGGCUGACCAGCAGGAGAAGAACAGUGGGGUUAUGGGUAAUCGGGCAGAUCACCCAGGGAUCAGCGGCCUGGGGCCUCGGCAGCACAGCCUUCCUGACAGUUCUGCCCAGGUGACCUCUGACCUCUCCCCAUCAUGUGACCUCACACUAAGGGACUCGCAGCAAGUGCUGGUGCUGGACAGGCAGCCGUCAGUGAACGCCACCCAGAACUACCUGGCCAACUUCAAAGACAACGGCGAUGACGAUGACGAUUACGUCGAGAUCCGCUCAGAGGAGGAGUAUGACAUGCUAGAGCCAGAGUCCCCUGUUCCCGGCCAAUUACAGAGCUGGCUUGGCAGCCCUUUCGACCCGCCCACCACCUUACAAAGCCACACCCACAGCCCCGCAGCAUCACUGCAGGCCGUGGCGAGCCCCGAGUCUUCCCUGCAAGACUAUACAUGGAACAGUCCGGAUGACAGUCAACAAGCUCUCGGUCAGCCCAAAAUCGUCCAGUCACUGCGAGAGAAGUUCCAGUGUCUCGGUUCCAGCAGCUUUGCUUAAGGAGGAGGGAUAUUGCGUAAGGAGCAGGGAUAUAGGAGUGACUCGUGGGCAGGAAAUGGAGAAAACCACAGUGCAUACGAACUAACACAUGAUGAAAUGUUAGACAAAUGUGCAACAACACAAAGCACAUUUAUGGAUCACAGCAAGCUGACAGCACAUGGGGUUGUAAAUAAUGCUUUACAAUAACGCUUGAUCAUAUUCAUGCAGUUAAACCUAAAGUUACCAGUUUCACAUCACUGCUUCAGUGGAACUUAGCAACGCACUAAACACACACUUAAUGCAAAUAAAAAAUUUGACACUUCUUGUUUUUUUUUUUCUAAUGUGAAGUCUCAUAAUGCACUACACAGAACUUGCACAUCAGACCUUUCUUCAGUCUUCGCUAGAGUUUCUGACGCGUUUCAAAUAGAAGUUUCAGAGUAAAGCAAAAAAAUCUGUUACCUAUAUAUAAAUAUCUGUUUUUCGCACAAUCCUCUUCUCGUCUUGAACUCCUGCGACCGUCCCUCGGCCUGAAGGUUGAGAAGCCGCAGACUGUAACCUGAGUGGGAUUUUAAACAUUAACAGGAUCAGAUUUCAGCUGCUGGUUGUGCUCCCAUUUCACAUAUAUAUGUAGGUGCUCCUAAUAUCCGCCCUCCAGCGUUUAAAUACUUAACCACAUUUCUCAAUCCAGCAGUCCGUGCGGAUGCUGCUACGUUGCCAUACAAACCCUCAGUGUAGCGGUUGAAGACUGUAAUGUGUUUCUCUAACAUGAUGCACAGUUUGAAGUUGGUGUUUUAACAUGAGUAAAAAUGCCAUUUGUUGGUCUAGCAUGUAGGCUGCUUCUUUGAGUAGCUACCCAAGGAAAGUUGAACAUUAGAUGGUGAUGGCUUGGUCCUCGAUUGCUUAUAUCUACAUGACAAUUUCUUCAGUAGCCAAAAAACAUCUUUACACAAACACACACACAUAAAUAUAUAUUUUACUAUGCUGUACAUUAGGAAUUGAUAUAAAUUCACCAGAUUGAUAUACAAGUUAUAGAUAUAUUUUAGAUAGUUUGACAAGAAAGCUUAGCUUUGCUUACCAUUGGUUGGAUCAAGGUUGUUUUCUCCCCUCAAUGUCAUCUACAAGCCAUGCCUCAUUUCUGAAGAGUGCUCAAGGCAGCUUUAAGGAUCUGCAGAGUGCCCGUGGCAGCUUUAAGGGUCUGCAGAGUACCCGUGGCAGCUUUAAGGGUCUACAGAGUGCUCCUGGCAGCUUUAAGGGUCUGCAUUAAUCAUCAGCAGAGAAUUGGGUUAAUUAAGUUUGGUUCCAGUGUGGUGAGUAGAACAUUCAAACUGUUACAAGUAACAUAUCAUAAGCAAAAAAGGAGCAUUGUCAUGAAUAAAUUAUAAAUCUUGUAAUUGUAGGCUCUUUGAUCUUCUACAAAAGCACCAUGUUAGACAGUGGUUUGCUUAAAAAUAUAAUUAGAUGCAUAUUUCAUUUCGGCAUUUUACAUUUUCUAGUGUAAUGUUUAGUUUUGCAGUUGUUUGAGUCAAACGAUUCCACGCACUCACUGUCAACAAAUGCAGCAUCACAGUUUAACUUUGAAAAUGCUAUAGGGAAAGUUCUGAUAUUUAUUUAUUUGCAUUUUAGAAAUACUUUGUUUAUGAUACUUCUGCAAGGUUCCAGGUCAGAUGUAAGUUUGUCUGAAAUAUCUAGCUUUUAUAUACAGCUGUGAUAGUUUUCAGAAUGUGUUUACUGAGGAUGAGUCUGUUUUUUCCACAAGCACUGUUCAAGGUUACUACCUUAUUAGAAUAAAAUUCUCAAACACCAUGGCCUAUUGUUAAUUUCAAUGUAAAUAUACCAAAAUGAGUAAGUAAUAUCAAUGAAGUAUAUUUCUAAGUUUUUUUAUACAUAUUUUUUUGUUUGUACCAUUUGUACAUGUGGCUUCCUGUUUCACUGGUGGGGACUGUUAUCACUCAUUUGAGGUUCUUUAUUUUGCACUUUUUAGAUUUUUAUUUUCUACAUUUUAUUUUAAUUUGUAAACACUCUGUAAAGAUAUGUACGUUUUAGGAUAUGUCAUAAGAGUUGCCAUAGGCAACUAGCCCUCCAUGGUCUUAAUUUUAAAUUAAAUGUACUUUUCUUUUUCUUUUCUUUUUUUAACUGCCUGGUUACAACUGCUCAAUGAAAAAUGUAAGGGAGGCUAUAAAUAAAUGUUCAUUUAAAACUUA